AUGAAUGAUUCAUUAAAUUUAUAUUCACCUCAAAGUCAGAAUGGCAUACAAUUAUCUGAUCGUCUUCUUGCUAUAUAUUCUCUAGUACUUAUUUUAAUUGGUACACCUUGUAAUCUACUUUGUUGUUUAAUUUAUUUUCAAAAAGAAAAUCGUACAAAUUCAAUAAAAACUAUAUUUGGAUAUUUAGCUAUUCUUGAUACUAUUGUUUUAUAUACAUUUAAUUUAAAUUAUGUGGUUCGAGAAUUUAAUAUUGAUUAUGAAUUAGUUUAUUACAAUAAAAAUAUUAGUAUAAAUGAAUAUUCAGAUUUUUUUAUUAAUGAUAAUAUAAAUAUUAUGAUAGUUAAAAAAAAUCUUGAAGAAUAUUCUCUGUUUACAUGUCGUUUUCUAUCAUAUCUAGCUUUUUCUACAUUACAAACAUCAUCUUGGAUACUAGCAUUCGGUUCAUUGAAUCGUUAUUUAUUAAUAUCAAAAUUAACAUUAUUUCAAUUUAUUUGUAAACGAUCUUAUACAACUGUUAUAUGUUUAUGUAUAACAUGUUUAUUUUUUCUUGCAAAUAUUCAUAUACUUUGGAUGAAUGGUUAUCAUUCAUUAACAGGAAAUAUUAUAUGUUAUCAAAAUAAAUAUUAUGAUAAUUAUAUAUUAUGGUAUCAACGUAUACAUUUAUGUCUAUAUUCGGCUUUACCAAGUGUUAUUUUAUUUAUUUUAAAUAUUUUAUUAAUUCGUAUUAUAUGUGCUAGUAAAAAAAGAUUACAUGAUCAUAAACGUCGAGCUUCAUCGUCUACAACUUCAACUAAACGAGAUAGUCAUCGAAAAAGCUUGUCCUUAACAUAUUGGUCUAAAUCAUCAUCUGGUAAAUCAAAUAGAAGUAAUUCAGCAAGAUCCAUUAAACGUACUAGUAGAAAAUUAACUUUAUCAUUAAUAUUUAUAACAGUAUCUUAUUUUAUAUUAACAUUUCCAUCAACAGUUAUUUUUUCUUUUUUUCGUUCAUAUAUUGAACCAUUAAGUUUAAGACGUACGUUAUCACUUUUAUUUACAAAUUUAUCAACAACAACACAUGUUAUUCGAUUUUUUAUUUAUUAUUUUUGUUCAAUUGAUUUUCGAAAUGAUUUUUAUAAUUUAUUUUCAUGUAAACGAUCAUUUCGUUUUCAAUUUAUUAAAACAAAACAAUAA